AGUCAUUUUGUCUUUUUGCGUGUGUGCGGAUAGGUGAUGCCGUGAAGGAACAGAUGUUAUACGGCCGAGCAACCUCAUUGUGUCUUGUUUAACAAAGGAGAGCGUCAUUUGGACGCGUUUUCUUUUCUUUUUUCUUUUUUAUAGCCACUUUUUAGUUGAAUGAUGGAGAAAACCAUGGCGGCAACCUUGCAUAGUGUUUAUUUAAAAAAAAAAAAAGUGAUCCCCAAAUUUGAAGGCUGCGCAAGCAAUGCGUGUCUUGCUGAGUGCAUUCAUUCUACUGUCAUGAUAUACGAACUCGGUGGGCGGACCCUGCUUGAGCUGCUGCCUCAAAAACAACCAAUAAUACUUGAAUAACACAACCAAAGUUAUUAGUGUUAUUGUUUGAUACCAGCCCAAAAUGAUUUGCAGUAGACUGCGAGGAAUGCAAUGAUUAAUGACAGAUUGUUACUUGCUUGAAUAAGAUUAAAAAUAAAAACUAAUAUUAUGUAGCUCUUUUCCUCUCUUUCAGCUCAGCCGUGGAUGUCAGAACCAGAGCCAAAGUGGCCAUCAAGAAGCUGUAUCGACCUUUUCAGUCCGACCUGUUUGCCAAACGAGCCUACCGGGAGUUGAGACUCCUCAAACACAUGAAACAUGAAAACGUGAUCGGUCUCUUGGAUGUGUUUACUGCGGAUCUCUCUUUGGACAGAUUUAAUGAUUUUUACCUAGUGAUGCCAUACAUGGGGACGGACCUGGGCAAAGUGAUGAAGCUGCAGAGGCUGUCUGAAGAAAAAAUCCAAUAUUUGGUGUAUCAGAUCCUCAAAGGGCUCAAGUACAUUCAUUCCGCUGGUAUCAUCCACAGGGACCUUAAACCAGGAAAUCUUGCCAUUAACCAAGACUGUGAGCUCAAGAUCUUGGACUUCGGUUUAGCACGUCAGGCUGACAGUGAGAUGACAGGCUAUGUGGUGACUCGCUGGUACCGAGCCCCAGAAGUCAUCUUGAGCUGGAUGCACUACAGUCAGACCGUGGAUAUUUGGUCAGUAGGCUGCAUCAUGGCAGAGAUGCUAAUCGGGAAACCUCUUUUUAAAGGGAAUGACCACCUUGAUCAGCUGACUGAGAUCAUGAAGAUCACAGGAACACCAUCACAGGAAUUUAUAGCCAAACUACAAUCAGAUGAUGCCAAAUGCUACAUCAAAGGUCUUCAAAAAGUCGAAAAGAAAGACCUUCAAAAAGUUUUCUCCAAAGCCAAUCCACAAGCUGUGUCUGUGCUGGAGCGCAUGUUAUUGCUGGAUCCGGAAAGCAGGGUAACAGCGGCGGACGCUCUCUUGCUGCCAUAUUUCAGCGAGUUUCGGGAACCAGAGGAGGAGACGGAAGCUCAGCCGUACGACCACUCGCUGGACAACACAGACCUAGCCCUGGAACAGUGGAAACGUCACACCUUCACAGAAAUCUUAACCUUUAAGCCUGUUGUGCCCGUGUCCAAGGAAACCUCUCUAUAAGACAUAAAGUACCCACAUUUCAUUCUUUUCCCCCCUGAACAAUUAAGAAAUAUUUUCAUAAUUUUAUCAGGGGUAUUGCUGAUCACCUUUUGACUUUACAGCGAUCGUUUGCCUUAUUCCGUCUCAAGUUGGUCCAGCAUCUUAAACUUGUGCUGCUCCUCUUGUGCCUCAAUUUCAUGCGUUUGUACGUAAUUAACCCAAGACAAUCACUGCAUGUUGUGCUUUUGUUUUGAGCUCAAAUGCCAUGAAAUAGGCUUUCGGUAGAGGUACGCAUGAGACGAGAUCAGCACAAAGUGCUUUAGUCUGCAUAGUUUUGUGUCUCUGCAGAAAAUAGAAUGAUAGAUUAGUUCAACUUGGAUUGGAUGAGAGUCAAGAAUUUGGUUGGGAGUCUCUUUUUCUUUGUGAUAAGAUGUAUUAGGUGUUUAAUGUAACCUAUGCAUUAGGUUGCAUUCCUUUUUGAUGACACGUUGCCUUGCUGUUUUAAUGGAUUAUAUGUUUGUGGAAGAUUUAUUCGGACACGUUUUUCAUGUAUGUGACCUGGUUCAUUCCGACGUCCUUAAUAAUGACAGCCAGUAUCAUCUCACUUUUCAUUAACUCACCCAAAUGUUGUUUACACUUAUUAGCAAAUGCAUUUGUGAAACUAGUCAUGCAUUUUUAAUUAUAGUACCGUUCAGAGGAUCAUAGGAAUGAUAUCAGCCAAAUUUGCUUUUUUUUAUUUAUUUUUUUAGCAAACACAGAGUCUUGUAAUUUAGCAAUAGGAGAACAAACAUACUGAAACACUGUUCGUAGCUGGUAAUGCCACAGAAAGACAAAAAUGCAAAACUAAGCAAAGCGUGCCAGUGUACAUGGAUGGCUGGGCGGUUUUGUUAAUAAAAGACAUGCAACAAUU